AUGUCCGGCCACUAUAUUGAACUUGUCAGGGAGUUUUACACUACUUUUGAAUUUAAGAAACCUGCAGAAUUCACGCUUAGUAGCCCAAAGGUAGUUCAAUUUAGACUUAUCGGGAAAGAGUUCAAGUUUUCAAUUACUGAAUUUAAUGCUGCUUUUGGGUUUAUCAAUGAGGAAUAUGCUGUAACCGAUGAGUAUUUGAAUAGUCCUUGUGAUUACAGUGAAAAUUUUGAACCGGUUAGUUUAUAUAAAGCACCGUCUACUUAUAAUUACUAUGAUUCGAGUAAAUCUAAAGAUUCAUAUCUUCGUGAUCCUGCUUUGAAAUACAUUCAUAGGUUUCUUGCAUUUACCUUUUCGGGUAGGAAAGAUUCUGCUGCGGUUUUGGCCAAAUCUGAAUUUUAUUUCCUAUGGUGUAUGCAAAAGAUGAUCAAGGUGAAUCUUGGAUAUUGGUUAGCCUCCCAGUUUGCCAAUGUUAUGACCAACCAACGUCCUUUAAUUUUGGGUUCUUUGAUUACUCAUUUGGUUGUGCAUGAAAAUUUAAUUGAUCCUAAUGACAAUGAUCUUCAUAUUGCUUGUGAGAUGCAACCAUUGGACUUACUUUGUUUGGAGACAAUGUGUUUAGUUUGGAAGGAAGCAGGUGUGUACUAUUUCCAUGAACCAGGACCUAUUGCAUCUCGACCAACACGCACAAUUCCGAAAACCGUAAGUAAUGAACGGUCAUUUGUUCCUUAUCGACCUUCAAGCUCCACAACACCUUCCAAAGGGCUGUAUGAUGAUCGGUUUGAAAAGCUCGAGCUUCAACUUGCAAGGAUGGAAAAGAAUAUGACAGCCCUUCUUUGCUCACAUGGAAUUCACUCCACCUUUACCACCACCUAG